AUGGAGCCCCUUGGGAUUAAGCGCUGUUUGUUUUUAUUCGUAUUUCUUAACAAAGUAUUUAUUAGCCUUCAGACCAAAGAGGAAGUACUUCUGGACAUGAGGGCAGCCAGAGGGGAGCUUGGCUGGCUGACAUCGCCCUAUUCUGAUGGGUGGGAGAUCACCCAGAGAGUGGUGAACGGCUCCCAGCUCUACACCUACUCCGUGUGCAAGGUGGAGGAGGGUGAGCAGGACAACUGGCUGCGCACCACCUUCAUUCAGCGGCGGGCGGCAGCCACCCGCGUCUUCGUGGAGCUUAGCUUCAUCGUGCGCGACUGCAACUCCUUCAACGGCGCCUCGCUGGCCUGCAAGGAGACCUUCAACCUGCACUACGCCGAGUCCGACGCCGACGUGGGCACCAACUUCCGAAAGGGCCAGUUCCGCAAGGUGGCCACCAUUGCGCCUGACGAGAUCACCGGUGGCUCUGAGCUGAGGGUCAACGUGGAGACCCGGCCGGUGGGACCGCUCUCCCUCAAGGGCUUCUACCUGGCCUUCCAGGACAUCGGUGCCUGUGUGGCGCUCCUCUCCGUCAGGGUCUACUACAAGACGUGCCCGGCCACCGUGCAGAGCCUGGCGGCCUUCCCCGAGACGGUGGCGGGCGGGGAGACCCCCGCGCUGAGGGAGGUGGCGGGGACCUGCGUGGAGAACGCCGUCGUCCAGGACCCCCCGCGCAUGUACUGCACGGCCGAAGGGGAGUGGGUCGUCCUCGUGGGGAAGUGUCAGUGCCAGGAGGGGUACGAGGCCAUUGGAGAUGCCUGCCAAACCUGCCAGCCGGGUUUCUUCAAAGCCUCUGUGACCAGCGAGCAGUGUGAUCCCUGCCCAGCAAAUACUCAGCAGUCACCAGAGGGGGCGCUGUCCUGCGAGUGUAAGGAGGGCUUCUACCGCGCCCCCGAGGACUCCCAAACCGAGGCCUGCACAGCGCCGCCAUCGGCCCCGCUGGACCUGGCCGCCGUGACGACGUCGGUCGGGAAGCUGCAGCUGUCGUGGAGCCCGCCGGAGGAAACGGGCGGCCGCGAUGACAUCACGUACGGCGUGGUAUGCGAACGCUGCGAGGGGCAGGCCUGCAGCCCGUGCGGGGAGAAGGUGCGCUUCGAGCCCGCCGCGACGGGCCUGCAGGAGACCCGCGUGGCCGUGAGCGAGCUGGAGCCCCACCUCAACUACACCUUCACUGUGGAGGCGCGGAACGGGGUGUCCCAACUCAGCAGCCAGCGGGCGGCCAGCAGCCUCACCACCACCCUGCACUACACAGAUCCCCCGAAGGUGACGUCCAUGAAGUUGGAGAGGCGCACCUCCACCAGCCUCACCCUGUCCUGGGCAGUGUCUCACAGGACCCCUCUGCGCACCACCCGAUACGAGCUCAUGUACCGUAAGAAGGACAAUGACAAUGAGAAGGACAUCACCACCUACACGGUGCUGGUUCUGGAGAAAAACUCGGUCCAGAUCAGCGAGCUGAUGCCAGGCACAGUAUACCUGUUCCGAGUACAGGCUCAGAGCCCGGAGGGGAAUCCGGGAGCGUACAGCACGGAGCACGAGUUUGAAACACUGCCAGAAGCGGAGGCCCUCCCCCAGGGAAACACGACGGUGGUGGUGGGAGCGGCGGUUGGGGGUCUGGUCAUGCUGCUGCUCGUCGUGGUGGUCCUACUGCUGCGAAAACGGAGAAGGACUCCAAAUGUCAGACAAGGCCCAGAGGACACCUAUUUUUCCAGUUCAGAGCAACUGAAGCCCCUGAAGACGUACGUGGACCCCCACACGUACGAGGACCCCAACAUGGCCGUCCUCAAAUUUGCCAGCGAGAUCAACCCCAGCCACGUUACCAGGCAGAAGGUCAUCGGGGCAGGUGAGUUCGGAGAGGUGUACCGGGGCCUGCUGAAGGUGCCGGGACGCAAAGAGGUGACGGUGGCCAUCAAGACACUGAAGCAGGGUUACUCGGAGAAGCAGAGGCAGGACUUCCUGAGCGAGGCCAGCAUCAUGGGCCAGUUCUCCCACCAGAACAUCAUCCGUCUGGAAGGAGUCGUCACCAAGUUUAAGCACGCCAUGAUUGUGACUGAGUACAUGGAGAACGGGGCCCUGGACAAAUACCUCAGGGAUCACGACGGGGAGUUUAACUCGUGCCAGCUGGUAAGCAUGCUGCGUGGCAUCGCAGGGGGCAUGAAGUACCUCUCUGACAUGAGCUACGUGCACCGCGACCUGGCAGCCCGCAACAUCCUGGUCAACAGCAGCAUGGUCUGCAAGGUGUCGGACUUCGGCCUGUCUCGCGUGCUGGAAGACGACCCCGAAGGCACCUACACCACCAGCGGAGGUAAGAUCCCCAUCCGCUGGACAGCUCCCGAGGCCAUCGCGUACAGGAAGUUCACCUCGGCCAGCGACGUGUGGAGCUUUGGCAUCGUCAUGUGGGAAGUCAUGGCCUUCGGGGAGCGGCCCUACUGGGACAUGAGCAACCACGAGGUGAUGAAGGCCAUCAACGAGGCCUUCCGACUGCCGGCGCCGAUGGACUGCCCGUCUGCCGUAUACCAGCUGAUGUUGCAGUGCUGGCUGCAGGACCGGUCCAAACGGCCGCGCUUCAAUGACAUCGUCAGCCUGCUGGACAAGCUUCUGAGGAGCCCCGAGUCCCUCAAGACCAUUGCCGACUUCGACCCCCGUGUGUCCAUCCGCCUGCCCAGCACCAGUGGCUCAGACGGCUCCCCCUUCAGGUCGGUGUCGGAAUGGCUGGAGUCCAUCAAGAUGAGCCAGUACAGCGAGAACUUCUCCUGCGCGGGCAUUGUGACCAUGGAGCAGGUGCUUCAGAUGAAGAACGAGGACAUCCGAAACAUCGGGGUGCGACUUCCGGGCCACCUGAAGAGGAUCGCCUACAGCAUCCUGGGCCUGAAGGACCAGACCAGCACGCUCAGCGUUUUCGCGGUGUGACCUGAAGCCCGGCUGUUCCAGAACCGGGCUCUCGCACUGAACCGGGCCUCAGACUGACUGAACUGUGGAGCUAGACCUGGGCAAAAGCUGCAGCUGCAGCAGCAGCCGUGGAGCGGACAGAACCAGGCUAAGCUCGCAUGGAGAUGACCCUCCAGCCAGCCCAGACAGGCUCUGAAGUG